GUCGGCAUGAUAGUAGUCACGUGAUUCACAAUGUCGAAGAUGGCAACGAGGAGUGACAGAAAACGUAGAGUGGUCGAGAAACCGGCACACGAGAGCACCGCUUUCUAUCAUUGGGCAAUAAACCUUUUGGGUCUUGGUUUCGGUUGUUUGCAUCGGUGGCACGUAUCCACGCUGUUCGAAAAUGAUCGACACUUCUCUCACCUUUCGGAGAUCGAGCGAGAAAUGUCCUUCCGGACAGAGAUGGGGAUGUAUUAUUCCUAUUAUAAGACCAUCGCCGAAUCUAAAGAUUUUUUCGAUGGAAUGGACAAGCUCAGCCACGACAAUCUUUCAGAGUACAACAACGUCAUUGAUGCCAGCAAAAAAUAUAGUCUUUUACCUGAGAUCAUAGCGGGUUUCCUUUAUCAUAUUGCGAGGAAUCUUGGUGUCAUAUCUCAAGAACAAUGCUGGCAGAUAGAGAGAGGAGACGGUUUGCCGCCUGUAACUAGCUGUGAGGGCCUGGGUGUGCCUGUAUACUUCUAUUUAGAGAUAGUCUGGUCUACCACAGUUGUCACAGCAGCAGUACUCUUUUAUUACGCAACGUACUUGAGCAAUUCCAUUUACGGUGGCUUCAUAACGAUCCUAUUCUUCUUCUUCAAUCACAACGAAUGCACUCGCGUUCAAUGGACACCGCCGUUGCGAGAAACUUUCGCGUAUCCCAUGUUACUUUUUCAAAUGUACAGUGUUACCAUGGCUAUCAGAAAAUAUACGAAACAUGAUACGGAUAAAGAACCAGCUGCGUUGAGGAACAGAACUAGGCAAGGACUAUUCAUGGAUAUAUUUGGCUCGACAAUUUGCAGUUUGUGCACCUGGCAAUUUUCACACUUCAUUUUCAUUACGCAGAUUGUAGCCAUUCUCAUACUAAAAUGGCUGAGGAUCGUUCCGUACGAGUUCUACAAAAUUUUUUGUAUGGCGCACGCUUUAGCUAUCGCGACAGCGACUAAAAUAACAAAUGGGACUCUUAUAAUUUGUUCGCUCUACACGUGCAUCAUAAUCAGCAGUAACGUGGCCAACCUUAUAAUUAAACUGUCCCGAUUUCAAAACAUCAAGCGUGAAAUCAUUCUCGAAAUUGCUGUAACGAUAACUCUUACAAACUGGAUAAAAUCCUACGUUUUGUAUUCCCAAGAUGACGCCCACGUGUUUAACAUAUUAAAGUCGAAAUUAAUGAACUAUAGAGAUUUUCACACUAUGCUUUACACGUGCUCCGCAGAAUUCGACUUUCUGCAAUACAAAACUUACGAGGCGAUCAUCAAGACCUUGCUACUACCAACAGCGAUACUCGUCGGUAUGCUUGCACUGUAUUAUUGGUACAGAAAUUUCAAGACGAGCAGUUAUCCAUGCUGCAUAGAGGCCGAUAUGGCGUACAACGGUCUGCAGACUGGCGCCUUCAUCAUUAUCGCCAUUUUCAUUAUGAGAUUAAAGCUGUUUAUGACGCCGCAUCUCUGCAUAAUAGCUGGUGCCGUGUGUAGCAAACGAUAUCUUGAAAAAAUCGGCUUGAAAGGAGAACUGAUGCGGCUUGCUAUUGUUAUUCUCUUACUGGGUGGUAUGUCGUACCACGGCUUCGACAGAUUCCAAGAGGAACGCGGAUUUAUAGGUGAAUAUAGUAAUAUUGAACAAGAAGAGUUAUUUGAAUGGAUAAAGAGUAAUACGCCGAAACACGCCGUGUUUGCGGGAAAAAUGUCGUUGAUGGCGAACUUGAUGCUGUCGACUAGGAGACCGAUCGUUAAUAAUCCCUACUAUGAAAGCAAAGAAAUGAGGGAUAGAACCAUGAAAGUCUAUGAGAUUUUUAGUCGGAAAGAUGCCGCCUCUGUGUAUUCUUCUUUGAGAAACAUGAAAGUUAGUUACGUCGUAUUAGAGGAACCAUUGUGCCUUGGAUUUGCAAACAUGCCGCGAGGAUGUCAAAUGAUCGAUUUAUGGGACGUGGCUGAUAAUGGAGCGUCGAAAGCGAUCAACAAGCCGCCUCUAUGUCCCCUUUUAUUCAAAGGAAACGCGUAUCCGUUUAGAAGAGCGUUUGUUAACAGCAAUUACGUCGUGCUGCAAUUGGAUUAUUCGCAUUACGUAGAAUUUAAACCAAAGACUUCAAUGCCACUGCACUAUCAGUUCUAGAGUUCUACGUUUCCAAAAAAAAGUAAAAUCGAAAGAAGAUGGAAUGCCUCCGUGAGACUAUAAAAGCCUAUUUUUCUUAAAACAAAAAUAUCUAUAUAUGAAGAAAAAAUAUAUAUAUUUUUUUAUAUUAUAAAAGUUCACGCGGGUAAGUUGAAUAUUAACACUGCGAACUUGAAAAUUUUAUCAAGUACAGCCUUUAUGCAAUUUGUGAAGGGGCAUUAAAUAUUUUAAGAAACACAAUGUUCCCAAUAUUAUAAAAAUCUGCUUGAUAUUUUUUAUUUAAUUAAAAAGAAUUCAAUCUUUGUUUUAAGAAUCUUUUAAAACAUUCACGGAAAGAAUAGUCUAAAAAUUUCGCUAGAUUCAAAUCUGAAAAUAAUUUUAUUGAACUAUUAAAAUAAUUAUGUGCGAUGCUGGUUGCUUGAGAAUGUCAAAACUUUUUAUGGCAUUAUCAUCAUGCGCAAUCUACAUAAUUAUCUUGAUCAAAUAAAAUAAUUUUCAGGCUUGUAUCUAAUUUUUUUAAAUACUUCAACAAAGAAACUUUUUUAUAUAUUGCAGCCAACAAAAUACACAAUGUGCAGAAUAUGUUCAUAACUUUUUUACAUUUUAUACUAAUAAAUUAUUAAAAUUAGGUUGUUAAAAGUAAGAAUUAAUAAGAACAAAAAUUAAGAUAAUGCCUCGUUUCACAAUGUGAUGUACAUACUUGUGAUAAUUUUCCUAUAUUUAAGAUUAUUGCAUACUUAUCGAUAUGCUCGACUUAUCGAAUUUUGACAACGCGAAUAGCUUCGAAUGUAUAAGUACUAUAUUUAAUCGCAUAUUGUGUUCAUAUUCAUCCGCUAUAUGACAAACAUGAGACAUUUGUGCCAACAUAAAGCACUAUUUAUACUUAUAUAACCAUUACGAAUCGCAUCUUUCAAGUUUAAAUUUUUUAUCGAUUAACGAGCAUUUCAUAAUACACAUAUUGGACAAUAAUUCUCCACACUUUAUCAAUUGUGCUUAUUAACAUUGCACAAUUAUUUAAUCGUAAUACGACCAUAAAUGUUAUCGUAAUUGUAAUGAGAUUAUAAAUAAAAAACGACAUGCAAAAGAUAAUUAUACAAGAA